UCGGAGUAGGGGGGAGGGGUGGACUUGUCCUCUGAUGGGGGAAUGAAAAGCCAAGGGCGAGUGCUGUGCGGGUCGAUUAAGCAGGAACCUCCACCACUGGUAACUGUGCCUAAAGCUGUCCAUGUUCAGGAUGUAAUGUUUGUUCUGUACCAAACUGUAUCCUGAAUACCCCAACCCUGGGGCUAAUGAUGUCUGGUGGAAUAGUGGGAAGUGAGCCUCAAUCUGUGUUCAAGAAGGAGCAAGUGGUUAGAACACUGAGGCUAGGGCAGGAUCUUUGACUGGAGCUGCAUGGUAAUUGAGAGCUGUCAACCUACUGGCAUUGGAAGGAAGCGCCAGAGAGGGACUAGGGCAACCAUUCAGUUUUGUGGGGAUUGCAGCUUUCUGCAUUUUUUCCACCACAAACCGCCCACCAGCUCCACCCCAUCCUCAAGGGAGCCCUGAUUCUGAAUUUUAAAAUGCAAUGAGAACUGACUGAAACAUCCCAAACCCCUCUGCUUGAUGGCCCUCGCCAAGUGACUGAACAAGACUUCGGCAAACAGAUCCUUUCCUUGUGGACGUACGGGAAAAGUUGACCUGGGUGCACAAUGUCGUUGAGGAGAACGGACGGGGCAUCCAUUAUCCAAGCCCUGGCGAUGACAGUGGCUGAGAUUCCAGUAUUCCUGUACUCUACAUUUGGGCAGUCUAUCUUCUCACAACUGAAGCUGUCUCCGGGUCUGAAGAAGGUGCUGUUUGCAACAGCUUUGGGCACAGUGGCCUUGGCCCUCACUGCGCAUCAGUUGAAGAGGAGAGGACGGAGGAAAAAGCAAGAUGCAGAGAAACACACAGCAUUACAGCUCCCGGCACUGGGCAAGCUUCCAACCUUAAAGAGAGCAACCCCACCCAGAAGAGUGCAGAGCCCAGGGAGCAAGAGCAAUGAUACACUCAGCGCAAUCUCCUCCAGUGCGCUCAGCAGGCGAUCCAGCUCCUCCCAAAGUCUAACAUCGGUACGACCAGCAAACUCACCAAGUCCAGCAGGGUUGCCAGCUGAAGCUUGGGAAGCAGAAGCUGUUCAAGAAGAGAAUGAGACCGCAGAGGAUUUGAAUGCUGAGAACCUAUACAUUACUGGGAUGGAGCUGUUUGAAGAAGCUUUGCAAAAAUGGGAACUUGCCCUUACCAAGCGGCAGAAGAGUAGCUCGGAAACAGGAGGAAAAAAUUGUCUGCUGAACCUGGGAGCGAGUGGUGCAAUUGGGGACAGCUGUGAGGCACCAAGGAACAAGGAGUUUUCACAGAAGCUGGAAGCCCUCUUGAAUCGAGCAUACCGACUGCAGGAAGAGUUUGGGGAGACUGUACCUUCUAAUAGCCUGCUUGCUGAUUUUGAGUGUGUUGGGGCUCUGGCCCUUCCCUAUGGAGAGGAUUCUGGACAAUUUUAUCUUGACGAUGACGUCAGUGUGACAUCAGAGGACUCAUUCUUUUCGGCAGCAGAGCUAUUUGAUUCUUUAUCAUUUGAUGAGAAGCGAUUUCAGUCGUCCAGAUCAUCUGCUUUAUAUGAAGAAGCCAUGAAGGUUGUUGGAGAUGACCGGGUUGCUUGCCGAUCAUACAGAACGGAGCUCCUGGAAUGCUAUAGUGAUGAGGACUUCCUGGCGAAGCUGCACUGUGUGCGUCAGGCAUUUGAGGUAUUACUGCAGGAUGAGACAAACCAGCUAUUCUUCAGUGAAAUUGGGAAGCAGAUGAUUACUGGACUGAUGUCCACUGCAAGAAAGAAUGUGAAUCGAUUCCAUGAGACCUACCAAGAAAUGCUGCAGUAUGCAGCGAGGGAAGAGACCUGGCCAACAACGAAGAGAGAGCUGGAGGGACGAGGGGUUGUGUGCAUGAGCUUUUUUGAUAUUGUAUUGGAUUUCAUUCUGAUGGAUGCCUUUGAAGACUUGGAAAACCCUCCUUCAUCUGUGGUUGCUGUUUUACGGAACCGUUGGCUCUCAGAUAGUUUUAAGGAGACGGCCCUUGCCACAGCUUGUUGGUCAGUGUUAAAAGCGAAAAGGCGACUGUUGCAGGUCCCUGAUGGCUUCAUUUCCCAUUUUUACUCCAUUUCGGAGCACGUGAGUCCUGUCCUUGCCUGGGGCUUUCUUGGACCAAAACAACAUCUCUGUGAAGUUUGCACUAUAUUUAAGCAACAAAUACUUCAGUAUUUGAAGGACAUGUUCGAUUUGGACAAAGUGCGAUACACCACAGUGAAUUCACUGGCAGACGACAUUGUGCAAUUGUCACGCAGACGCAGUGAGAUUCUCCUUGGCUACCUGGGCGUUGAUUCAAUAACAGAAAUGAAUGGGACGUUACCCACUGACAAUGGACCUUUGGAAGAGGCCAGUCUUGUAUGAAACUUGGACACAAAGGUUUUUUUAAAUAAAACAAAAGUGAUUAAUUUUUGGAAGAAACCAAUCAUAAUAACUUGGCACUAUGAAUCAGUGACUUGUGUCUGAUUGCUGGAUGAUUUCCCAUCCUCCCCACUCCCAUCUCUGUUUUGAGGAGACUGUUAAGAGUCUUGAUCCAAAUACUCCCCACAUGUUGCAGUUGGCUCUUCCUUUUGAAUAUCAGCGUUUUGAUGUGGCACUGUUUGGGGACAGAAAGAAUGACACGUUAUUCUUUGAGAAUCUAAUGCAUUGCAGAGAUGUUAGCUGAUGGAGGGCUGCGUCUUUGAGAGCAAAACCUGAGGAUUGCAGGAUUAAAAGUACACUACCCUCCACUUUGUGUUUAUUUUGGGGGAUGUUUGGCAUAGAAUCAGCCUUGCUGUUUCAACUUGAUGCAACAGUGCCGCUCUGUGGUACAGUUCAUUUACUGCACUGCCUGGUCUGUUACUGAGCUGUAUAAAGUCAGGAAAUGAGUUGAGAGUGACAGAUGUCCAGGAUUGUAUACUGAAACACUACAGAUGGUGUUACCACCUCCUGCCUCAAGAGGGAAAAGCCUAUCCACUGCUUGUGCCUGCUCAUUUCUCAUCACCCAGUGCAGCACUGUCAAAUUUGUAGAAUGAUGGAGUACACGAGGAACCCAUUUCUUGACAACUCUUGCACAAAAGACUAAAUGCUUGCAAUUUUGAAGCACUUUUUUUUUAAAAGUACCCAAGAUGAACACAGCCUAAAAAAGCAGGCAACUAAUUUUGUUUACCUUUCUCUUUGGGGGAAGAAAAAACUGAUUUUAAAGUCACUCUUGUCAGUGAAUGUACUAUUACCCGUGCUGCCAUCCACCACCUUCACUGAGAACGUUACAGGACAGGUGGGGGGACGAUAACUGAAUCAUGGAAAAUGAGAGUUUCUCCCUGUACUCUCUGGAAAAUGAGAGUGAUAGUCGUCAGAGUAUUAAGAAAAAGCUGCAAAUAGAGUCCCCACUGUCCCAACCAGAAUAGCAGCAAUUGGUUAAAUCCCCUGUCAGUAACACAUGGAGACCGCACUGCUACAAAUGCAGAGGCUUGUUGUGACUCUCAAUUACUAUUCCAUAGUUACUCACCCUCACUGCGUUUUGCUGGAGAAAUAACCCUGUUUCUCCGUUUUUUCCAUUCUACCAUUCACGAGAAGGGGUGACUUGCUCACAUCUGCCCUCUGUUCCCCUAAGUCUAUGUGGGUACGCUGCAAGCUGGAAUAUACUAGAAUAUCAUAAGCAGAUCACGUGCAACCAAUUUUACCUCUAGCAUGCACACGGUCUUAAAAUGCAAUAAAUAGGCAGCACAAACAAGGAAAAGUAAGAAUGAGCAUUGCUUCCUUCUCGAAGAUCCUCUGACAUGUGGGAUCUUCCACAUGUCCCUGAACUGACACACUACCUGAGAAUUUGGCAGGCGAGAAAAACUCUUGGAGAAUCUUGUAAUGAAAUUGUUCCUCAUUAGAUCUUGAAUUCCUUUUGGAAUUGUUAAUGUAUAAUAGUUUUAAUUUUGUGAGGGAUAGACUCAGUUGAGCAAAUCUUCUGAAACAUUUCAAUGUGGGUUCAGAGUCUAAAUCAGACUUUUAAGUGAAUUUGUACUGCUUUUUAGAAAGAAAUGACAUUCUCAGGAUUUCCCACUCUUUUGUGUCAUCUCCAGGAAUGCCUCAUGCUGUGAUGGGAGUAGGUUUUGAUUAAUUGUAUCUCUCAGUCUUGUCCCUAAUCUCCCGGUGCAAGUCCAGGAGUACAUUGUAUCCUAAAGUGACAUGGUCCGUGGUGUUGAAUAUUUAAUUGUCCAAAUAAUACUGGCCGACUGUGAGUGGCAGGGGAUGAGAGGAGGGUUCUCUUAGUGUACAUCAGAACUGUUUAAAAGCACAACUUGCUUAAAGCUCAGGUCUAUAUAAUUAGAUUACUCCUAAACCCUCCAAAUAAACAGGCCUGAUGUAUCUGUUAUCCAUGUUUUAUGAUCAAUGAUGAUUUCAACCUGAAGUAGGUUUUUUUUUGUUUGAACUAUUGUAUCAGAGACUUGGAACAAAUCUGUUUAUGGUGAACAGAGUCAGCGACACAAAGCCUGUUUCGUCUUUUGGAGUGACGAGGAUUGUGCUACACCAACACUUAUAGAAGGUGAGACUACUCAUAGUAAGAUAGACAGGAGUGUGUGUGCUUCUGAAAGGAGGGGCUCAGUGCUGGGCUUUGUGAUUUUUAUUUUCUGCUUGAGCUUUGGAAUUUCAAACCAAACUAGGUCCCUUGAUGCAGUCGAUUCCUGAGAUAAAUACUGAUUAUUGCUCUGGCAAAUUCCGUUUAAUUGUCAGAUUUCUUGUUUCCAACAAUGUGACAUGGAAGUUCCUCAAAUUAGCCACUAUAUCUUUUCCUAUCGAUUAUCAAAGGAUUUAUAAUAGCACUACUGAAUGUAUUAAGGUAUUUUUAAAAAAUAGCAUUUUUAGGCCGUGAUUUCUAUUCUGUUGAAAUUUGUGAUUUUUCUUCUUGAAUUGUCAUUGAUGCUUAUGGAAAAAUAGUGGAGUUCUGGACGUGCAUUUGCAACGCACUGUUCAGGGAACAAAGUGGUUGCUGAAUUUUGGAAAAAUACUCUAUGGACAGUAGUCAUUAUCAAGAGGAGAUUCUCAUUGGAAGUGUUAAACAGGUUAAAGAGAUAACAAAAUGCAGAUGUAGAUCUGCUUGAGGGACUGACUGUGUAGUAGUGAAGACAUUGGCUGUAUUCCGCUUCCACGUUUGGGACCCCAGUUCCGACCCAGGUGAAAUUCCAUUUUGGCUGGCUGGUAGGCAUGAGGUUUCUGGGCCUAGUGAGUUUGGGGCAGCAUGGAUCCCUAAUGCGUGAGGGUUCAUCUCCCUACAAGGGAGACUGGAGUUGGACUACUGCAGUUGGGUGUUGAACUGCAUCAUUGAGAGUGAAGUGAGCCUUUUAGACUCUGCACCUUAAUAGAUGAUAUACUUGACAGAAUGAGAUCGAAGAGGGCUGCUUUGAAUCCCAGUCUGUAUGGGCUCACCAGUUAUGAACCAGCUUGAAAAUUGUACUGUGAGCAGCCAGGCUUUUUUAUUUUGUGGUCAUGUGUCAGUAAGUUGUUGUGUGCAAUAAAAGUUUAAUUGUCUGUUUUGUUUGUUUUUUUUAAGGGUUCUAGCCAAUUUGGUUAUGUAGAAAUCAGAUUUGCUGUCGCACUUUAUUUGGCUUAAGAAAAGAUUGGGCCGAACAAAUUCCAAACUCCCCUACCUUUUAAUCUUGGCCCAGACUAGAGUUGCUGACUUUGUAAAAUUGUAUCCCUUUUAAAGAAAGGAUAUACGUUGCCAUAGCAGAAUUCAUGAGCUCAGAAGUCCCAAAAUAUUUCUCAGCCAUUGUUGUAUUUAUUAGAGUGGUCACUGUUGUAAUGUAGAAAAUAGUGGAGUCGUUUCACACACAGCAAAAUCCCACAACUGGGAUAAUCUCUCUUUUUCUGCAUGUGAGUUGAUUGAGGGCUAAAUAGUGGCCCUCACACCGGCUGCAAUUCAGAAUAGUGCCAGGAGAACCAUCCAUCUAAAUAGAUGAUAGGAGGCUCUGGCUUUAAUCGUUCAAAAGUAUCUGCAAUGGUGCAGUACUUCCUCAGUGACGUAUGAGUUGUGUCAGCCUAGAAUUUGUCCCUGAAACUCUGGAGUGGGACAGUAAUACAUUCUAGUAGUUGCUGAAGGUCACAACACUUCCCAUUGUUGCACUUCGAAUGUGCAUUUGGCAAUGAUUUGUAGGUAAUAUGGCCAUUGCUUGUCAUGCCUCCUUUGUUGCUUGUAGAUCUUACUGCUCCCUACAUCUGUGGGCUUAUCUUUGUGACUUAACUAAAUGCGAGUUCGCGUCAUUCUUAUCAUUCAAUGGUAAUUGUAUUUCUACCAACUUGGAGAAAGCAAUGGCAAUCCAUUUGGAAGCAGCCCACUGUCAGCAGCAAAGCUGUCAGACUGCUUGUUUCUGCCCUGCUUUCUCUAAGGAACAACUACUUGUGGUUCGAUAUCACCAAGGUAAUUGUGGAUAAAGGUGGCCAUUAUUCAAUCAAGUGGAGGAGCAAAUCACUGCAGAUGUUGGAAUCUGUACUGAAAACAAAAAAUGGAAAUCACAGCAGGUCAGGCAGCAUCCGUGGAGAGAGAGCAAGCUACAAUUUUGAGUCUAGAUGACUCUUCAUCAGAGUAUAUCCUGCACAGGCAGUGUGAUUUCUCAAAUCAUUCUAGUAUUUUAGCUUCCAAAUCUUUACUGGGAUGAAAUUUCCCAGUGUCAGCACUUCUUUGCAGGAAAAGCCUGCUGAUAGUCCUGCAGUUAAUAAACCAGGUUGAAAACUGUCCUAUUCCUGACAUUGAAUUUAAAGUAAUAUAUAGAUGUAACCUUUUCGGUCAUCUUUAAUAUUAUGUAUUUAUAGGCUAGCUUCCUUUUCAGGCCAAAAAGCUGCAGUCACCUAAUUCCUUUUCUCCUGACAAUAUUUAAUUUUUAUCUUGUUGCCCAUGACCAGAACAGCAUGCUGCACUUUAAACAGUGAUUUGGGUGGAACUGAAUGUUGCCUUUGCAAUGUGACAUGACCAGAGCUCUGUGUAAUUCGAUCACAAAUCCUCUGCUUUGCAUUCAUAGUUGUUUUUGGUGACUUUAAAUUUAUUGUUCUCUUGGUUUUGAUUGCUGCCCUGUUUUCAUUUUGAUGUCUUUUUAGCAAUGACUCUAGAUAUUCAAGGCCUCAUCCCACUUCGCUGUCAGGUUCAGUGCUGAUGGUAAAGUGUGUCUUGCUUUUCGUGUAGACCGUAUGUGGGCUAGUGCAACCGGUUAAAGCAUUCCUUGAGUGGCCUUUGAGCAAAGUAUUGCUUUAAUCUUCAACCCUCAAUUAAAAGUUCACUUUAACAAGUGAAAUGCCACACACUGUGAUAAAGCUGAAACACCAGCCAGUGGCACCUUCUGGUAUUGGGCGCUGUUCUGUUUAUCUCAAAGUUAUUAAACCUGUAGGUUGGAACUCACUCCUCAGCGUACUGUUUGCAAAAAUUUUAUUGUUUACAAAGGUAACAAAAGGUAGUUUGGAUUUUGUUCUGUUAAUUCCAAUAUAUUACAUUCACUUGAGAGAAUUGAAAUGUGAAUCAGGUUUAGAAAAGAUGUGUUGACUUCGGUAUUGAUUGAGCCAGGUCACCCCAAGUGAGGUUAUUAAUCAGCCAGGAGUUUGUUUGCAUCUUGUAGUUUUAUUUUGUUGCAGCUAAAGAACCUCCAUUGAUCCACACAAUGCGCCAGCAGACACCAUUUUUCCAAACUGUGUUUAAAGGUUUAAAGAAGGAGAAAUUUUAUCUGUAGCUCUUUCUGAAAGCUCAGUGUACCAAUUAUAUCUGGUUCAGGUUACCGUGUAAGUGAAUUAGGCACUUUCUGAGCACUUGGAUUGUGUUGUGUCACCCUUGUGUGUGGGAAUGGAGUUCAUUGGUUUUCAGAAUAGGGGUAUGUUUUGUAAACUAUACCUCAUAGAAUACAUUAUGAAAAUGCAACCUGCAAGCUAGGAGAACUGUAAAUGCUGGUGGUGAGAGUAGAAGUGAUGGGAGAGUGGAGGACAGGAACAUAAAAUGAAAUAGAGGGCAAGAAUAAUUUCUUGCCACGUUUGUACACUUCCUUUCAGUGAGCAUAGGAGUUGGUCUGGAGCAAGUCACUCGACCCCCCCCCCCCCCCCCC